GGAGGUUGUUGUAGAAAAACAGCGGGUGAAUUGGAAGAAGCGUUACGGUUGGUUGAUUGUUUGAAGGUCAACCAGGAUGCCAAAUUAUGAAGUAUUAUCUCCUCAAGUCACUUGCCCUACAUGCUCUGGAUCUGGCCUCGUGCAAAUAGAUUCCAGGGCAGAGUAUGUGGCAUUAAUUCCUCUGACAGACCGACGUCUUCGACCGCGUAGAAUAUGCCUUAAACUCUUUGGUUCUGUAGUGAUAUGCUCUUUAGUCUUCAUACUUCUAUUAAUAUUCCUCUUUCCGCGAACAAUCUCAUUGAGUAGUUCAGCAUAUAAGUUGAUUACUAUCAAUGCCAUUGCUAACAUGCAAGAUAAUGUGUUAGAUCUCACUGUGAUUAACCAAAUAAAUGUCUCAAAUCCAAACUUUUUUCGUGCCACUGUGAGUGAAAUUAUUGUGUCUCCAGUAUACCGUUCAGUGGAUUUAGAAGAUACUGUUGACAACUCCCUUCAAAUAUUACCGCUCCGUUCAAAAACUUUACUGAAUGUGACAACCAAGUUACGCUUUGAGCAUAGACAUUUUGAUGUGAUUAAAUUAUGCUUCAUGAAAUUGCCUUAUUUUCAUGAUAUCUACGUUACAUUUACCUUUCAUAUUACUUAUACAUUAUUAUGGCAAGAUUUUAAUACUUAUCUUACAAUUAUGCCAUUGGUCGAUUGUUAUCCAACAAAUAUCAAUUCAUCAAAUGUAAUAAAAUUUUAGAAAAAAAUUCUCCCGCCUCUUGUCUUUUUUCAAAUGAAACAAAGAAAAAAACAAUUUUAUUUUUGACUUUGCCAAAAACAGAAGAGAACAUUUUUUUCAAAUUUAUAGUUUUUUGUUUUCGUUUAUUGAUAAAAUUGACGCGUUUUUAUUCGCUCGAUCGUCUUUUUAAGUCAUGAUCAAAUUGAAUUGAGUUGAAUUUUAUUUUAUUUAUAUUUUGUUUUAAUUCGUAGAUUUUUAAAAAUUUUUUUAUUCGCGCAAUUCAAUUUUCAUUGUAUAUUUAAUUUUGAACAAAGUUUAUGUGUGUGUGUGUUUUGUCUGUGUGUUUAUUUAUUUUCGAACAAAGUUUAUGUGUUUGUCUGUGUGCUUGUCUGUAUAUCUGUCUGUUUAUCUAUCUAUCUAUCUCGUUCACUGCCCGUCUGUGUUAACAUCUUCAUUGCAAUCCCAUUAAUUUGGCAUUUGAUGUGUUGAACCAAAAAUAGUGAUUACAUAAUAAAUAAAUAAUUUUUUUUAAAAAAA